AUGAAGGUCACAGUCGUAUUAACGACCGCGCUGGCGCUCGCGAGCGGAAUUGACGUGGCCACCGCGGCGACCUUCAGCUCGAAGCAAGUCAAGCAGCUCACCGGCAAGAAUUUCAAGCGUCUCGUACAGGGGUCACCCGUGAGUCUGGAUUGGGCAGCAUUCACAUCGUGUGGUCACUGUCUCAGUCGACUGACAGGCCGCCUCCAAUACCCUACGUCCACCGCCCCCGUGGAACCUUUCAGAAACUUACGCUCGCCGCGUUCGUCGCCCCGUGGUCCGUGCCCCAUAACCUUCGGGAAAGCAUACCACGAAUGCAAAAUAUGAUAUCUGAUCUUGACCUCAUCUCUAGGUGCGGAUACUGCAAGAAGUUGGCCCCCGAAUACGACCGCGCGGCCGAGAACCUCAAGGGACUUGUCAAUCUUGGUCGGUUUCUCGCCGUCAAACGGGCUGACCGAGCCCUCAAAUUCGGCAUUGUACACGCUAACUUGCGCAGCUUUGCAACCCUCUCUUAGUUGCCGUCGACUGUGAUGCGGAGGAGAACAAACCCUUCUGCGCAGCCGAGGGCGUACAAGGUCCGUGCCUCUUCUCCCAGAUCCCCCGAAUUCUGCUACCCGUCCGAGCUGACGAGAUCCCGUCUUAUGACCAUGAGCAGGGUUCCCCACCCUCAAAGUCUACCCCGGUGGCUCAGCGCCCCCUUCUUGUUAGUCUUGGGCACCUUUCAUCGAGCUGUAUCGCGAGUGGCCGCAAUUGUGAGGGCGAUUGCUGACCACGUCAUCAUCCUGGCAGCCUACGACGGAGCCCGAGAGGCCAAGCCGAUGGUCGAUUACCUCACCGCCAGGAUGCCCACGUUCGUCAAGCGAGCCACAUCACUCCAGGAAGUCGAAGCUUUGAAGGCAAAGGUAUGACCCCAUUAUGCAGGUGUCAACACUCUGCUUAGAUGGCGGGCAAGCUAACCCCGCCGAUUGAUACCCUGGCCCUUCUCUUCAGGCGCAGGACAAGCCCAUCUCAUUGCUCUUCACGGCUGCGGCAUCGGUCACCCCCAUGUACAAGGCCCUCUCGGCCGACUUUCACAAGACGCUCGACUUUUAUGCGGCCCGAGAGGCCAAGGUGGGUAAGGAGGCGAUGGCUCUCUUUGGUGUGGACAAGGUGCCGGCACUUUUGGUUCUCGACGGUGACAAGGUGACGAAAUAUGACGGUGCGUUUUCGGCAGGCCACUGUCAGAUUCCGCUCAGGGUAGAUUCUCAGUACGUAUGGCUGGCUAAUGGAACACCUGGAGCAGGUCCUCUCAAGUAUGACGCGCUCAACGCAUGGCUCAAGCCCUUUGCGACCAAGAAGGGCAAGAAAGGCAAGAAGGACGAACUAUGA